AUUAAGAAGAUGGUCCAAUAAAAACAAUAUAAUAAGCAAUAAAUGAAGCAGAUGCAGGAUGUGUAAUAAAAAUAUCUCCUGGAUUAUAUCAAGAAAAUUUGAAAAUAAAUAAACCAUCAAUUCGAUUAGAACCAAAAGAAAAGAUCGGGGAUAUUAUAAUUAUAGGCAGUAAAGGGCCUGUUAUACUUAUUGAUUUAUAAAAAUAAGAAAAAUGUCAUUUAUUAGGCUUAAAAUUAGCACAUACAGGCAUGACUGAUGAAUUUUAAAACAGUAAAAAUAAUACAGAACAACACGAAAGAGACAAAAAUUCAAAAGUUCAUUAAAUAUAAACAACACCAGAAAAAGAACUUGUUAAUUAUUUCCAUAUUAACAAGCAUGUACAUAGUAUUGUAACAAUUUUUGGGGGAAAAUUAUUUAUUGAAGAUUGCCUACUUUCUUUAAAUUUUAUUGUUUACACUUUUAAAUAAUUAUUGCCAGCUAUUCUAGUAAAUGAAUAAUCAGAAUUAAUAUUAAACAGAAGUGAAAUAAAAGGACAUUAAAGUUAAGAAACAAUUGGUGUUUUAGUAUAAAAUGGCGAUGUAUUGAUUAAAGAUUGUAAAAUUCAUAAUCAUCGUGCUGGUGGAAUACAUAUAUUAUCCUAACAAACAAAUUUUAUAAAAAUAUUAAACACUAAAAUUCUUUAAAACGAUAAAGUAGGAAUUUAAUGCCAAGGUGUUGACUCAAGAGCAGUUAUAGAAGGAAAUAGAAUAGAAAGAACUAAAGGUCCAGGUAUUAGAACUGGUAUUGCUAACAAGUCUAGUAUUGUUAGAAAUGAAAUUAGAUUAAAUUCACCUGGAAUAGAAAUUAUUAGUUCUGAUCCCUAUAUUAUGGAUAAUAAAAUUGAUAAAAAUAAUACAUCAGGAAUUGUAUCUUUGGUUUUUCAAGAUUAUAGAUGUGAUGGUAGAAUUAAAAGUAAUAUCAGUAUUUCUGGAAAUAAAUAAUAUGGAAUUUCAUGUAGUGGUAUUAAAAAUUAUACAAAAAUAGAGUAAAAUUAAUGCAUUAGUUAUAAUAAAAAAAGUGGAAUAAGAGCUGAUGAAAAUGCUGAAAUUGCAAUAUAUAAAAAUAAUAUUUCAAAAAAUUUAGGAUAAGGAGUUCUUUUAGUUGAAACUUCAAGUGCUAUAGUUGAAAAAAAUGAAAUUUAUGAUAAUUUAAAGGCAAAUAUAGCUUUAGGGGGUAGUAAUUCUGUUGAUACAUUGAUUGUAGAUAAUAUAAUACAUUCAGGUAGAUGUGAGGGAAUUUUUAUUAUUGAUGGUGGAAAAACUUGGAUUAUUAGAAAUAAAAUUUAUGAAAAUAAUGAUGGUAUUAUUUCAGUUACAUCUAUUCCAGUUAUUUAAAAUAAUUAAAUAUAUAAUAAUAAAAGCCAUGGAGUAAUGUUUAUAAAAGAUUCGAGGCCUGAUUUCAGUAAUAAUUAAGUUUAUAAUAAUGAUUGUGUAGGAAUAUUUAUUAGAGAUAAAAGUAAUGGUGUUAUUAAAAAGAAUGAUGUUUAUGAUAAUAAAAUAUAGUUAAUUGUAGAAAAAAGAUAACAAUGUUUAGCUAAUAUUAGAGAACAAAAUAAUUUACAGGGUGAUGUAAGAAUUCCUUAAAAUUAUGAUUGUAAUAUUUUUUGAUUUAAAUUUAUUUUUGUAUUUUAAUAUUUUUUUUUUU